AAUACUCUGAAUAGUUUAUCAAUGAUGAACUACAUAUUAUAUAACCAUGCUAAUUCCUGCGCGUACCUAUGUAUAUCAAUGUUGGUUCUACAUAAUCUUAUGUAUGUGUCAUUCUUGUAUCCGAUCGCCCCCGUCCUGACACUAAUUAGUAACUUAGAUAGUUACACCUCGGAUGAUCGGCAGAAGAUAAGGAUUGCCGCAAUUGAGCCCAAGUAAACUGAUGUGAUGGGCGCCGGGUCCGUAUUACUUUAGGAAGAAUAGCACGCCUGAAGGUCGGAAAGAUUUACCGGGGGUUUAACUCGAGAUACGACCUUCUCACAUCUCGGUCAGCGAGUGGUGUUCGGAUGUGGCACGCGUUCUAAGAGUAAUGGUCGUGCA